AAUAGCUUCUGUCAACAGAAGAAAUUAGUUUAAUUUGGAAUAAUCAGAAAUUGUCUUCAUAUUCUGAAAGGAACAAAAAGACUUAAAAAUCUGAAUUGUUUGAAAAGAACUUGUAAAGAUUGUGUUUCUUACUGGUACCUCUGCUGUCUUGCUCAUGCUCCAGAACCUUUUGUAUGUGUCUUUUGUUUUGUGAUUUCACAGUUCUGGGUUUGACAUUACAAUUGCCUCCAUGGUGAUGGGCACAAAUGUUCUGUGCUGAAUUGUGUUAGUGGUGGAAAGCAGCAAACACACUGAAUGAAAGAUGAGCUGCUUCCUUUUCUGUCCUUGUCUCCUGCCAGCCAGCUCAUUGUGGUGAGGGAAAGGGGAGAUGAACGAAGACGGUGCUGUGUCUGUUAGCAUACAAUCCAGCAUUUCGCAAGGACUGAACUGCAGCUACAGAGGCAACAAGUGACUCCUUAAAGAUGCCACAAAGCUACAGAAAGUAAAGGGGACCUUGGAGAAGAUGAGGAAGUGAGAAUGUUUCUCCCAAGGACAAGAAACAGGAACAAUUAUGGGUCAGAGAUGUGACUGUAGGAUGACAACUCCAUCAUCGCUCACUUGAUGUUCUCUCUUCCUGCUGGAGGUGGGCUCUGAAAUAGGUACCAAUCAGAGAGGAACCUAUCAGUUGUGACUGGAAAUGAUGGAGCUAGUGUGCUUUGGAAGUCACUUGGGAAUAGAAGACUCCAAGUCCCGACCUGGUGAGAUUGCACAAGUGUGGGUCUCAGCCUCCCUGGGUCCUAAGGGUCCUUAAUGGCUGUUGAAACUCAGAUAAAAGCUGCAGAAGAGCUGUUGGGAAAAACCACUUGACUGGUCACCCAGAAGCUUAAGGAAAAGUGGCUUUCUGCAAAUAACUGAUAAAACUGCCUUUAGAAGCACUUCCCAGGCCCUCAUGGAAUAGCUGGAAUUUGUACUACCAAGGCUUUCUUGCUUGCUGGUUACUCGGAGUGGUUGUCGCCAUGGCCAGCAAAAGGAAGUCCACUACCCCAUGUAUGAUCCCGGUUAAGACCAUGGUGCUGCCGGGUGCCAGCACAGAGGCUCAGCCUGUGGAGCCUCUACCUGAAGGUCCCCAGCAAGAUCUUCCCUCAGAAGCACCUGAUGCCAGCAGUGAGGCAGCCCCAAACCCCAGCAGCACUGAUGGCUCUGCCCUGGCAAAUGGGCACCGGAGCACUUUGGAUGGCUAUGUAUAUUCCUGUAAGGAGUGUGAUUUUAGGUCCCAGGACAUGACCCACUUUGUAGGACAUAUGAACUCAGAGCACACGGACUUUAAUAAAGACCCAAAUUUUGUAUGUACAGGGUGCAGUUUCCUGGCAAAAACCCCUGAAGGGCUUUCCCUCCAUAAUGCCAAGUGUCACUCAGGGGAAGCCAGCUUUUUGUGGAAUGUGACCAAGCCAGACAAUCAUGUAGUAGUGGAGCAGAGUGUCCCUGAGAAUGCUAGCUCAUCUGUCCUAGCAAGUGAGUUUACUACUACUGAAGGGACUGAAAUCAUCAUUACCAAGACUCCAAUCAUGAAGAUAAUGAAAGGCAAAGCUGAAGCCAAAAAAAUCCAUAUGAUUAAAGAGAAUGCUCCUAAUCAGCCUGGGAGUGAGGCCUUGCCUAAGCCAUUGGCAGGGGAGAUAGAAGUUAAAGAGGGGGAGCACACUUUCACCAAUGGGGCAGCUCCAGUCAGUCAGGCAUCUGCUAAUUCCACAAAACCCCCUCAUGCUGCCAAUGGGCCCCUGAUAGGAACAGUGCCUGUAUUGCCAGCUGGUAUAGCACAGUUCCUCUCCCUCCAGCAGCAGCCCCCAGUACAUGCCCAACAUCAUACCCACCAACCCCUGCCUACAUCCAAGGCCCUUCCAAAAGUCAUGAUCCCCCUGAGCAGCAUCCCGACAUACAAUGCAGCUAUGGACUCCAACAGCUUUCUGAAGAACUCCUUCCACAAAUUCCCCUACCCAACCAAAGCUGAGCUCUGCUAUUUGACUGUGGUGACCAAGUAUCCAGAAGAACAGCUUAAGAUCUGGUUCACAGCCCAGAGGCUGAAGCAGGGAAUCAGCUGGUCUCCCGAGGAGAUUGAAGAUGCCAGGAAAAAGAUGUUCAAUACAGUCAUCCAGUCUGUGCCCCAGCCCACAAUCACAGUUCUAAACACCCCCCUUGUUGCCAGUGCUGGCAAUGUACAGCACCUCAUCCAGGCUGCUCUCCCGGGUCAUGCUGUGGGACAGCCUGAGGGUACAGCAGGGGGCCUGCUGGUCACUCAACCAUUGAUGGCCAAUGGGUUACAAGCAUCAAGCUCAUCUCUCCCUCUGACAACUGCAUCUGUUCCCAAGCCAACAGUGGCACCCAUCAACACUGUGUGUUCAAAUACAGGAUCAGCUGUGAAGGUUGUCAAUGCAGCCCAGUCACUCCUCACAGCAUGCCCCAGCAUAACUUCCCAAGCUUUCCUUGAUGCAAACAUCUACAAAAAUAAGAAGUCUCAUGAACAGCUGUCGGCUCUGAAAGGAAGCUUCUGUCGGAACCAGUUUCCUGGGCAGAGUGAAGUGGAGCAUCUGACCAAAGUGACAGGCCUCAGUACCAGAGAGGUGCGGAAGUGGUUCAGUGACCGGAGAUACCACUGCCGUAACCUGAAGGGCUCCAGGGCCAUGAUGCCCGGAGAGCAUGGCUCUGUUCUCAUUGACUCUGUGCCAGAGGUGCCCUUUCCCCUGUCAUCUAAAGUUCCAGAGGCGACCUGUAUCCCAACAGCAACCUCACUAGUAAGCCACCCGGCCACCAAACGACAAUCUUGGCACCAGACUCCAGACUUCACACCAACCAAAUACAAAGAGAGAGCCCCAGAGCAACUGCGAGUCCUGGAGAACAGCUUUGCACAAAACCCACUUCCUCCCGAGGAGGAGCUGGACCGCCUAAGAAGUGAAACGAAAAUGACCCGAAGGGAAAUUGAUGGCUGGUUCUCAGAGAGACGGAAAAAGAUGAAUGCUGAGGAGACAAAGAAGGCUGAUGGGCACAUGCCUAAGGAGGAAGAGGAGGGUGCUGAGCAAGAGGGUAGAGAUGAAGAGUUGGCCAGUGAGCUGAGGAUUCCUGGUGAAAAUGGCUCUCCUGAAAUGUUUUUUAGCCAUACCUUAGCAGAACGGAAGGUCAGCCCCAUCAAAAUAAACCUCAAGAACCUGCGGGUUACUGAAGCCAGUGGCAAGAGUGAGUUUCCAGGGAUGGGUGUCUGUGAGCCUGAGGAAGAUGGUUUGAACAAGUUGGUAGAACAGCCCCCAAGCAAAAUAAGCUACAAAAAGACCGCACAGCAGCGUCACUUGCUUCGGCAGCUCUUUGUCCAAACACAAUGGCCAAGCAACCAGGACUAUGACUCCAUCAUGACCCAAACAGGGCUGCCCCGGCCAGAGGUGGUACGCUGGUUUGGAGAUAGCAGGUAUGCCCUUAAGAAUGGCCAGCUCAAGUGGUACGAAGACUAUAAGAGGGGCAACUUCCCACCAGGUUUGCUGGUCAUAGCCCCUGGCAACCGAGAGCUGCUGCAAGAUUAUUACAUGACACACAAGAUGUUGUGUGAGGAGGACCUGCAGACCCUCUGUGACAAGACCCAGAUGAGUGCCCAGCAGGUCAAGCAGUGGUUUGCUGAGAAAAUGGGUGAAGAGACCCGGGCUGUGGCAGAUACAAGCACUGAGGACCAGGGCCCUGGAAAUGGAGAGCCUGUGGCAGUUCACAAGGUGCUGGGUGAUGCCUAUUCAGAGCUGUCUGAGAACAGUGAAUCAUGGGAGCCAAGUGUUCCUGAGGCCAGCUCAGAGCCCUUUGACACUUCAAGUCCCCAGUCUGGACGUCAACUCGGAAAAGGAGAUUUCCAAAUAUGAUGGUUGGGAGGAGAGUUGCCACCAGUGAGCACCUGCAGAGACAGACUGAAUUUGAUCAGAUUACUGAAGGACCGGCCAGUCUGGGAUGCUGUCUGCCAUGUGGAAGGGCCAAACCUGCCACAUAUCAUCUUGAUGGCCUGCUGCCAGGCACCAGGAGAGCCUCUGGAGCCCAGAACCUACCGCUGCCCCAACCACCUUCCGCCUGACACUUCUAAGCAAGUAGCAAUGGUUUCUCAUCAGCCCAUCCUCCCACAGGGAAGGGCCUUUCCUUGGCCUCCCAGGGACAAAGCAGUUCAAAUUGCAUAUACCUAGACCCAGAAUCAAGUUGUUAGCAUAUACAGCUGCCUAUAUUCAUUUAAUAAAGCAUCCUACUACGGCAUUUUCAAUACAUAGGAACUUGGGUUACCAAAGCAGUAGAGCUCUGACAAUGCCAUGUCUGUUCUCUGGGAAGCUGAGACCACAGGGACCCUCAUCCUCUACAACAGCGGGAGUCAUAGUCACAGGCAUGCUCAGAACUGCACCAGGCCUGGCCCUACUUGUCUUCUCAAGGGAACAGAUUGAUGGAAGAGAUCUCUGCAUCCCUGAUUGGAGGCCAGCCACGUUCUAUGCCAGGUUUGUCUUGUGUUCUGAUUGACACAGAGCCCACUGUUACCCUCAGUUCUGAACACAACCAGGCUAUGACAUUACCAUUGGAUGCUAACCACUCUCUUUAGUUAACUGUAAUUCUGCUUUUUUUGUGGAGUUUGAAUCAUGGACCAACUUCUCCAUUACCAGAUCAACUAAAGAAACCAUUGUUGUAAAGCCCAAUCUACUGACCUGUAUGCUCCCUUCAGCCCUUCAAUUUAGACUCCUUUAGAACAAAAGGAAAGUGGUCAAAGUAGAGCCAGCCUCCUGCAGGUCAGAAGGAAGUACAUGGUGACUAGGAGGAAGAAUGAGGCUGAAGGGCUUGGGAGAUCUCAAGUGACUAGACCUAGAGUGGUCUUGAACACAAAGACCUGCAGGCAAAAUACCUGUCACACACCAAGGGCCCUGGCCAGCUACUGGUUUCAUGAUCCAGAGGUGCUGGACAUCACUGGACAGAUUCCUGUGAGGGUGUUUUUAAAGUUCCACAUUUAUAUUCCCAACCUGAGAAACAAGUACUCUAUCUACUUUUGCCUAAGCCUCAUGUCUUUCUAAUUAAAAUCAUGAGAAAUGGUGCCUUUAAAACAAUGGAAAACUUGCUUAGGGGGCUGUACUAAACAUUAAAGCCCCAGUCUCUCCUAGGCUGGCUUCUCUGAGAGCAGUAGACAAAGCAGGGCAGGGGAGGGGAGGGAAAGAUGACAAAAAGGAUGUGUCAUCCAUGGCCCCACUUACCUCUUGGAGACUAGAUCAAGAAACCCACAAGCAGGGCAAGAGCUUUGACUAAGAAGCAGUGCUCAACCUCUAGGUGUUUUCCCUCCCUCCCUCCCAGGGGAGGGGAACAGUCCGAGGAUGAACAUGGUGGCCUUCAGCCUUUUAGGAAAGAGGGCUUUCUUUGUAACCCAGGGCCCUGGAACCAUUAUGUUUCUCCUGUCCUUCCUGUUCCCAUAGGGAUGGCCUCACAUUUGAUUGGGGUUUUUUAUUUUGUUUUAUUUUCUUUUUUUUUUGACUACUUGGCAAGUUUUGCAACCUAUUUUUGUAUCCUUUCUGUUUGGGGAGGGAAGCUAUUUGGCCCCAAACCUUAAGGAAUUGGAAAGAAUGAAUGGUGAGUGAUUGUUUUUCUUCAGAGAACAGAUGCUUGAACGUUUUCCUUUAGUGCUUGUAUAUGUGCAGAUUUCCAUAUCCAUAUAUAUACAGGACAUACUUAUUUGAUACUUUAUUCAUAAAAAUGUACAUCUGAUGUACAUUUGAGCUUCACGUGGAUGCCCUGGGGGGAGUAGUCUGUGUGUGAAGAGACAACAGUAUACUGGGCAGCUGGAGCAGCAGAGGAAGCCAUCUCCUGUCUAAGAAAGCAUGUGUGUCUCACCUGAGCCAGGAUGCCUGCUGGGCUUCCCCUCCAGAGCCCUACUGCACUAGCUGAACAGUUGACUCUAUAAAAAUGUCUGUACAAUUUACAUGGAACAGAGACAUGAAGUUCCUUGGUGGACAUUAUGCAGGCCAGAGAGCAGCCUGGUCUCAGGCACUAGGUCGUCUUCUGGAUGGGAAGUUGCAGUGACACUGACCCAGCACACCCUCCUCAGAGCUGGUAAUGGGAAGACUGUCCAGAUAAGAACACACGAGACUAAAUGGACCUUGCUUCCUUUGCUCUUGGAUGGGGGAGGGAAAUUGUGGCUUGGACCUUGUUUGAUAGUACUGGUGAGGGAGGUGGUCAUGGAGUAGGCACUUCAGGGAAGGGCUUUGGAUACCAAGCAUGAGUGCACUAACAGAAGAGUUGGGGUGUAGGUUGGCAGCUACCAGGUCUGUGGUUACCAUGUGACAUCACAGUGGCCUUGUACAGUUGGAGGCUCAAGUUGCUCUAUGUGCCUUCAGUAGAAGGCUGGCUGUGGCUGCUGCGGUGGCAUGGAAUGUGCUUCUUUCUCUGUGAGAAGGUGAGUCUUGCCCUCUCUUCUGCACUCACCAGGGCUUACCAGAUGGAGUACAUUCUAAGUGGGUUUUGUUGCUGGUCUUGUAUGUUGAUUUUCUCUACUCAUAUAUGUCAGUUCAGUUAUAAAUCAGAACCAAUUCUAACAGAAACCUAAACUUACACAUAAAGCCUUGCAUAUUAUUUGUAACUUUUUGAUCAGAGAUUUUUUUUUUUCUUUUGAGAGUUGGGUGUGUUAGUGUUGGGAGUCCUUUCCCUAGAUGGCUUUGAGAUCUACUAAUGACUGUCCUUGCACUUUUCUAUUGGCUGAGUGACAGCAGCUGCCAGGUGAACAAAAUACCUUAGCCAGAGGGCACCCUUCCCUCUGCAAGCACAAGGAGUUGGGUGGGACCUGGUAGGCAGCUACCUGUAUCCUCCAAUCUGUCCCCAGCUGGCCUUGGGUAUGUGCUACCAGGAAGCUCAGCUGCACUCUCCAGACCCAGAUGGCUCUCUGUCAGUAGCUGUGUCCCUUCCUCCCUGCUAGCCGUAGGACAUCUGUCUUCUCCAGAGAGCCUUCUGUGGAGGGCAGGGGUGUGAGAGCACCUUUCUGGUUGGAGACUCCUUGUCCUCUAGGUGACUGUUGAGCUGUCCCUGUCUCGAGCCAUUGCCUUUUGUCUUCCUAGUCUCUACAUGGACCAAAAUCACCAGCCUGGAGUAGCUCAGUCAGUGCCGCUGUCACAGCACAAGUGUAUAAAGGCACUUUCUGGGAAACUAGCCAAGAAAAUCCUAAAACAAAACUUAGAAUUUGUUUCUACUAAAGCCACUUUGCAGGUGAACUUAUAUCAUAUUCAUUUGCAAGGUUCAGUUUUCUGCAGUAGUCUUCUAGAUACAUAAAGGUCUUUUAGUCAGCUCAUCCUGGCCAAAGUUUGGCAUGCUGCCUGGUUUUUCUUAUACCAGACUGAAGCCUUCUCUCUAGCAGCCCUGAUUUAGCUUCAUCUUCUCCCUUAGAGCACAGUUCACCACCAUCCUGCCCAAACCUUUAGGAGGUGAUUUCCAUGUGUUACAUAGCACUGAAGCCCACAGGCCUUUCUAAGCACAGGUCUCCCCAGACUUCAACCUGAAUUAUCCACACUGCAGUUUCUUCUGCCUUGGUUCAGUGGAGUAGGUAGGUUACUGAGCUCUAUACUCCAGGCUAGUAAGGCUGUUGAGGGGCCUUCAGUGGAAUGGAUGGGUUUAGUUUUGACUGAGUGAUGACAGAACUGACAAUCAUUCUGUCUGCUGUUUACAUCACCCCCUAGCUUACUAGCUAGGAAUCCAAAAGGAACGGGGUCCUGAGAGUCUAUUUCUGCUGGAGUCUGUGUUCCCUUGUGCCUGGCCACUAGGGAUGGCUGGCAUCUCAGUAGUGGCAAGCCCAUUAAUGUACUCGAGUCCAGAACCUGUACUUAGUUGUGGAGUGAAAGCAGUUCAGAGGGUGAAUGGUCCUAGGACUGAGAGCCUGCUUUGUUCUAAGUGCUUGUUAACACUAGCCAGCAGUCCUAUGAACUUAGUCCUCUAGACUGGAAAACCAAUACAGGCUUUUCUAGUUCAGAGUCUAGCAGGAACACCUCUUCCCAACUCCCUAAAGUCUGGAGCAGGGGUGUAAAUCCAGAGAGUACACUUGGGCUGGCUACUACAGACUAAGGCAGACUCCGGUUGCUACAAGAAGAGGUAGGCAACCGCUUCCUUGGUUUUUCAGUGUUACAGAUGCAGGACUGGAUGGAUUCGGUGUAGUUACUACUCUGUUGUCUCUUCUCUCUUUGAGGCAUACCUUGCUGCUACUCAGGCAGGAAGCAGGCAGAGCAGAGGGAGAACAGCUAUUUGGCAGGGACUGUGCUACAUGGUGUCUUCCUGCUGUUUACAAGGGUGUGCAGAUGGCAAGUCAGAAUACCUGAGAGGGGCCUGCACAACCGGCUAUCAGUGCCACUUCUGUCAAGAGACUGGCAUACUGUGCCCACAGAUGGGCACCUGCAUAUUAACAGCUUUUCUUGAUCUAUGCCUUUUGACAUGUGGUCCCUUUCGUGGAAAGUGGGUGAUUCAGAAUUAUUCAGAACUUGAGUUGAAGGUAAAAUGCCUAGGAUAAAGCCUGUUCAGACACUGAACAUAAAAAGGCCUGCCAGUGUUCUGUUCUUCCUCAAGCAAGUACCAGAAGAGACAUGUCCAGUGAGUGAAAGUCUAUUAUGUGAUCCUGCUAAUAUUUAGUGCUUCAGAAAGAUCUUGUCCCUAGCUCCUGUCCACACAUCUUGGUCUCGUUCUUGUAGCCCCGUAUGAGAAGGCUGGCUGCAGUGAGAGUUAACACCCAUUCCUUAGCAGGGUUCCAGCACAAGUGAGGUUGCUCUGUGAAACUGGGCGGUCACUCAGGGCACUGGUCUCCCCAUGCUUCUGAGUAGCUAGCUUUGUUCAGCUUUGCCAGGAAGGUCAGACUGUGUCAUAAUUGUUAUUAAACAGAGAAAAUGAGCCAACCUUUUCUCUGGCCCCUGCUGACUAUUGUUCUUUGAGUUGUCCUGACAUAGCCCUUGGGGAAACUGGAGAGGCAGCCAAAGAUCUGCAAGUGUCCUUGCUGACAUUGUCUUGGUUCCUGGUCCCCAGCACCUGCUCUUGUUCUGAUCUCAGUGUGGACAACUUUGUUUUCAGGGGGCCCGACUGCUGAGAAGUACUGCUGGGGGUGAUUUGAACAGUCUGCCUUUGGUGUGCUUCCUGUCUCCUCAGAACAGCUGAAGCGACCAUCCUGGUGCUAAGUGAAGGUCACCUGCUACUGCUUAGUCAGCUGUGAGAGCAAACUAAGAAAUAGCAUAUUCUGUCACAUAGACAUUUGUAGAGAGGGUAUUUCCUGUGUGGCCCCGGCUGGCCUCCUACCUGCCUGGUCUACUCACUGUGUAGACCAGGCUGGCCUAAGACUUGGGUGCUUUUCCUGCCUCUACCUCCCAAGCACUGAGUUACAGGCAUGGGCCACACCUGGCUGGAGUGUAGGGAAUCCUUCACCCUGGGAAACAUUUGAAAAGACAGACAGCCUUUGCUUUUGGUGUGGGUUGUGUGUGGUGGGAGGUACGACGAUGACCUCUUCUGUCUGAGUCUCUGGGCCUCCUAAGGUCCCCCAUGGGGAUGCUGCUAUUUCCAAGAUGCAAAUUGCACAUUUCCUAGAUUUUGUAUCUGCAAAUUUGGAUAAGGGAUGGGAUGAGGGACAAAACUGCUUGUGUAGUUUGAAUGGGCCUCAGUGGUACUUCCAAUCUUUUAACUGUUCCUAAAUAAAAAUGUACAGAUACUUCUUAUCUGCUGA